CCAAUCGGUCACUACGACGGUCACACCCACCUCAUCGCUAGCUGCCGAUACCACUUCAUCCUCUUCACCCUCUUCACCCACUGCUACUUCAUCUAGUGUUCCCCCAGUAGUCACACCUUCCACUUCCACUUAUACUCCCAAUACAACUUCAACCGCAACCGAAGCAACAACUGCAGCUUCAGCCACAACUCAACAUUCAUCAGCAAAUUCCACAACUGCUCCGCCAGGUCUCCUUAUCUCCGAAACCACAGCUAAUUCUACUCUUCUAGUAAAUUCAACCGAAACUGCAAACUCUACAGCAAAUUCCACCACUCCCCAAACGCUAAUCUACUUUGACCCAGCUGAAGGUUUGGUCAUCGACGAGCCCACACUAGCUAAGUUGGUUAGUGGCAAUGGUUCCAAGCUCGUCAUCAAGUACGUCAACAAAGUCAAUGAUGCACUGCAGAAGCAGACGCAAAAGUUUACUUUCAAAUCAACCACAACAGAAACAGAAAAUGGAACUAUUCCCAAAUUUGUGGCCAAAUUCCUAGUGAAAAACGGCAGUGGAGUUGCGGAAAAGAAGUUUCAGGAUUUCAUGUCAGAUGAGACUCGAAAUAGAGGGGGCAUUGUAAUUCACUUGAUUUGUCUCGUCUACGUUUGUCUAUCUCUAGGAAUCAUCUGUGACCUUUAUUUCCUCACCUCCAUUGAAUACAUUGGAAAUAUUCUCAAUCUCCCCGCUGACAUUGCCGGCGCCACAUUCAUGGCACUGGGCACUUCUGCACCUGAACUGUUUGUCGCCCUGAUCGGUGUUUUCAUCGCCGAGGAUGACAUUGGAACGUCUACCAUUCUCGGAUCGGCCGUCUUUAACCUCAUUUUUGUGCCCUCGAUAUGUGGUUUUGCCAUCUACCUGUGUGGCAUGAAGUACCCCAAGAUCAACAAGUACGCCAUUCUUAGAGAUGCCAUCUUCUACAUCAUCGCCAUCACCACACUGGUGCUCGCACUGAAGGACAAUGAAAUUGACUGGAUUGAAUCGACGUGCAUGCUCUCGCUGUACUGCAUCUACGUGACCAUCCUCUACUUCAACGCCCAGCUGGGCGAGCUGGUGGAAGAGGACUCGGACAGUGAGACUUCGGAGACGACCGACUCUGAGCGGUCGCCCCUGCUGCAGUCCAAGGACUACAACGCCGAGUACAACUUCACCAAGUCGGAGAAGCACGCACUGACCAAGUCGGCUGACUGGCUGGAGAACGGCGGCGCCGGCCGACUGCGCUCCAAGGGCUCCUUCCUCACCCGACCCAUCGGUCGCUCCAACUCAAUUCGUGCUAGUGCCAUUCGAAACGGCUCCAUGCUGGGUCUGCCGAACGGCAACAACGGCUACCUGCCCAUCGACCCGAAGGUGGCCAUCAAGGAGGAGCCCUGCGGAAUGCCGGAGAACUGGACCGAGUCGCACAUUCUCCUGAAGAUCGUCUGCAUGCCCAUUGUGCUGUUGAUCAAGCUGACGGUGCCCAAGCCCAAUAAGCACAACUACUUUCUCACCUUCAUCAUCUCUAUUUUGUGGAUUAGCGGCUUCACCUACAUGGCCGUCUGGCUGGUAACCAUCAUUGGUAAGCAGCAGUAA